AAACUUGGGUGAUCAAAGGGGGCAGGAUAGACUGGGAAUUUGAGAAAAGACCAUUUACUUCCCUCCAAAAACCACCCACAACUGAAUUCCAAAUCCACAAAAAUACAGCUUUAUGGGAAUCAUUGUGUUGUUUAAUUAGCUAUAUAUACUAAAGUUGUGAUAUAUACUUUCUUCCACAUGCAUUAGACCUAUAUAUAUAUUAAAGCUCCCACUACCAAUCCCCCUCCAUUCUUUAACACCCCAAGAAUAUUUGGCCAACAAAGUCCCCUACAACUUAAGUCUUAAGUCACAAGAUCUACAAAGAAGAGAUCAGAAAUUUAAGAUGAUCCAAGAACUGUUUGGCGGUGCAGGCCUUAGUAACAUAGCAGGAGGAGGAGAGAGGAAAUUAAUCUCCAUUCAUGGUGGUACAACUUCUUCUCCUUCUCUUUCUCCUUCACAAUCUCCUUCUUCUUCCACAACUACUACAACCACCGCGACCGCCACGACGACUACGACUACAGGUGAGAACUUGAGAUGCCCGAGAUGCGAUUCUUCCAACACCAAAUUCUGCUACUACAACAACUACAACCUUACUCAGCCCCGCCACUUCUGCAAGACCUGCCGCCGCUACUGGACAAAAGGAGGAGCUCUCCGGAAUGUCCCAAUUGGCGGUGGCUGCAGAAAAAACAAGAGUGCUACCGUGUCAACGACUCCCAUAGGCAAGGCCGCCUCGGGGAAGUUGAAAAUGGUUGCAUCGGAAAUUGGAAGGUCAGGAUUCAGCGGGGGGUUCGACAACGAUGUCCAAGCAAGCCCAAUACUAUGGGGCUCCCCUCAGAAUUCUCAUUUACUAGCCCUACUAAGAGCCAGUCAUCAAAAUCAAAACCCUAACCCUAACCCUAAUCCUAUAUGCAAUUCUGUAAAUGUGAAGGAAGAGGGGGCUAUGAAUAUGAUUGGAUCCCACAUGAUGACCACUGAGCCAGCAAUGAGCACUGCUCGAACUCUGGGGUUGGAUCCAGUGUGCCAGGCUCCUUCACUUGGUCUGUGCAGCUCUUUCUGGAGAAACAACAACCAAAAUCAACAACCUCCACACCACAACCAACAAAACGGCUUCCCAGUUGGUCAUGAGGUGCAAAGCAAUAUUGGAAUUCAAGAACUGUUUCAGAGGCUAAGAUCAUCGUCGUCGUCAUCAUCAGGAGGUUAUUAUUCUGAUCAUUUAAAUAAUGUGGUUAUGUCAUCUUCUUCUUCUACAUCCUCCAUUUUGGAUUCAACUCCGGCUGUUGGUGGCGGCGAAAUGGGCUACUGGAACCCGGCAUUUACAGCCUGGUCGUCAGAUCUUCCCACAACCAACGGUGCAUAUCAUUAAGCCUUUUGUUAAGGGGAUUUUUAAAUUUGUGUUAGCUAGCUAGGUUCUUUUUUUUACUUUUUCUUUUUUUCUUUUUUCUUUUUUUAAAUUUUGGUUAUGUUUGUGUGGGUUGUGAUAUUAUGAUGGCUUUAGCAUCAGUAGCUAAUAGCUAUCCUUCUCUUUCUUCUCUAUCUGCAUGUGUGUUUUAAGGUGUAAAGGAUAUGAGGGUGUACCAAUUAAGGACCAAGAAAUUAAAUUAAACGUUUGUUAUUUGUUAGUGUUAA